CCGCAGCGGGGUUUUUGAAAAUUUAUUAUAAUCGUCCGAUAGAGAGAGAAUUUUCCGCAAUUUCAAGUUCAAUUCCAGGCUCCAGACGGUUGUUGUUCCGAAUUCGCGAAGGAAAAGGAAGCUUUGAAUCGGAAUAGGUGGGUCGUGUUGUGACUGAAACGGUUUCAGACUAACACGGCUCCCCAACAGAGGUCCGGAGUUUGGGCAACAACUUAAUAUAACGCAAGGACAUACAAAUUGUGAAAAAGUUAAUUCAGAGCUAAUAAAUACAAUGGAUCCUCCACAAUGCGUUCAAAAUGCGAUGAUGACGAAAGACAAGAAACCCUUCACUUACACCCCAGGCGGUAUCGAUUUAACGGAGGUCAGAUCUCCAAGAAUGCAACGCCGGAUCGAACGCAAUGCUAAUCUUGGAGGUGUAUCUGAUGUGCCCAAACCUCCGCCACCUCAAAAUGUCGGCCCUCUACCACCAUCGGCUCUAGCAGCCAUGAGACCUCAAACACAGGUACAAGUAUUUCCUGGUCCACCACCACCACCUCCAAUGCAGAAAAAUAUUCCACCUCCACCUCCUCCACCAACUUGCCCCUUACCAACACAAAAAGUCACAACAGGUGACAAUCAAGUGCUAGAAAGGCCCGAUAUGACUAAGAUUAUUCCCGAUAAUCCGAUGGCACUAUUACGGAAGACUGGAGGACCUGCUCCUAGAAAAUCAUUUGUGGAACAGAUGUAUGACGAAGGAAACCGACAACCACCAGCCCCACCUCAAAGAAACAUUGAAGCUCAGUCGCCUAGGUAUCAAACUCCUGCUUCGCCACCAGUUCAACAGCAGCGGCCAGUUCAACCACCUUAUCAGCCACCACAACAACAGUAUCAACAAGCACCUGUACCAACUCCUCAAUAUCAACAAGCACCACCACCUCCACAACCUGCGUCUCAAUAUCAAGCUCCUCAAAGGCAGUUUCAACCACCUUCCCCUCAACAAUAUCAACAACCGCAGCCUCAAUAUCAACCACCUCCACCACAACCCCAAUUCCAGGAAAGAUCAACGAAUUCCCCUAAACCUGCUGGGUUCCAUCCACCAAUUAUUGAGCGACAGCCAACGAUACCUAAGCAGCAAGAACCACCACAAAAAAAUACUAGUUCUAACGUGGGAUCUUUAUAUAUUCCACCAAUAAGUCAAUCACAAGUUCCAAAUCAGCAAAGGGUUGUAUCUCCACCAACACCACCAGACAGACAACCCCAAGUUCAGUCUCCAGGAACGCCACCUUUAAAAGAAGCGCCUAGACCUUGGCAACAGAAACAUAGCCAACAGCAACAAGAAUUGCCACCGUGGGCUCGGAGAGAUGAAGAAGAAAGAAAUCAAUCCACUCAAUCGCCACCUGCAGCUCCUAAUAUGCAGCAAAGGUGGCAGCAACCAACAAGACCAGUCCAAUCCCAACAGCCGCCACCACAACCAAUCAGACAACAACAAAAUCAAUUCUCGCCUAGGCCUCCACAAGGUCAGCAGAAUCAACAGCCUUCCCCUAACUCGUUUCCUGUACACAUUGAAAUUCGUACAGGACCUUACCAACAAAAUCAACCUGAAGAGACAUCAUCUAAUGCUGUUUAUAUAACUCAACCUGUUGUAUUGCAACAUCCUGGAGCAAGAGGAUCACCACAACAAGGUCAACCGAGGCAACAAGUUAGUCCUAGUCCAUAUCAGCAACAGCAGACGCAGAGUAAUCAAUAUCAACAAACUAGGCAAGUUCAUCAACAAACUAAGGUGGAAAGUGAUGGUGUCAGGAUAAUUCCUAUUCAAAUUGAAGGAAGAACUCCACCAACAACGCCAGGAAAUGAGAGAAAUCUAAAUCGGCAACUAAGUUGGGGAACACAACCUCCUCAGUCAAACUCCUUUAAAGUACUCCAGAAAUUUACCAGAACUGAUGACGACGAAGAUGAUGAUACUCCGGUUACACAACAUUCACCAAGGUAUCCUCAAGAGAUGACUGAACAAGUUAGGAAAGUAAAAAUCAAUGACAAUGGUCAUUUUAGGCAAGAUAUUUUUGUUCAGUGUGAGGAAAAUCCCCGAUAUAGAGGAGGAUAUAUACCUUCCAGGAUAUUUAGAAUACUUGACCAAAGUGUUGGAAAUGGUCAGCCUCAACCUUACGUACAUCCCAGUGAACAAGUAGUACCCGAACCAAAAAAAUAUAUGGGAAGUAAUAUACCUAGCCGAUCUUUCAAAAUUUUACAAGCCAUGACAGCCCCAUCAGACAGUGGUGCCAAUGCCAACUACAGCGAAGAAAUACCCAUUAAUCCCUUUAAUCAUUAUAACUAUCCCUAUUAUCCUCCCCCUUUUUGGCCCGAAUAUUAUCCCCAUGUAUACCCUCAAGAUCAACAAGAUUCGUCCAAAAGUGAUAAAAAUGUUCCUAGAAGUAAUAGGGCAACACCAGUGCCCCAAAUGCCAUAUGUUCCUCCAUACUGGCCUGAAUACUACCAUGGAUUCUAUCCGCAAGAACAAUCCGAUUCAUCGUCAAAAUUAAGUGAUAGAAGUUCUAAAAGCGGACGAUCAACACCGUUACCAAGUUCAGUACCACCACCCGUUGUUCCUCCGCCAGCUUAUUGUUGGAAUUAUCCGGCACCUAAAAUGCCAACGAGUGGUUCAAUUAGAUCACAAAGUACUCCUCCUAGAACGGAUAAAUAUCGGAGACCUCAAACACCACGGUCAUUUAAUGAGCAUCCGAAUAACUCAGAUGAAUCGAUGAACCACCCUAAUCAAUAUCCACCUUAUCCAAUGUAUCCACCGUAUUAUGAUCCAUACUAUUAUAAUUAUUAUUAUGGAUAUCCUCCUAUGAUGCCACACUAUCCCUAUUAUCCAUCGGCAUCCGAAAACGAAGAACUAAGUGGAUAUUCUUCAAUGGAUGAAAUGUCAAACUAUAACAGUAAUAGAACGUCUUCGAAAAGAAGAAAUAGUCUAGAUAACAGUUCAAAUACAGUCCACUCACUAAGAAACCACUUUGAAAUUCGUAGCCAAUCAGCUGCACCGAGAAUUACAGUUACUCCCACUACCGUGCAAGAGAAAAUAAACAUCAAACUCCCACCGGAACAGCAAAUAGAUGAAUGUUCUCAAAUUGAACAACAAGAGGACUUUUGUCAAACAAUAGAUGAACCUUGUAAGAUUAGAUCAAUUAAGUCAGUCUCAAAUAUAAAUGUUUACGCAGAAGAAAGUAAUACAGAGACUGACACAGAAACGGAAGAUACUUCAGAAGAGGAAAGUGAAGAAGAUGAUGAAGAUGAAGUCAUAAUCGUAAGCAAUAAAGAAGAAAUUAUUCCCCAUCAACUCAGUGUAAUCUUUGAGGAAACUGAACGCGCAGACAGCCGUAGGUCUUUCAGACCAAGUAGUGUGGCUAGUGAAUCAACUACAAUCGCUGAAGCUAACAGUGACGAUGAAGACAUGGAAGAUUUUCUCUCUAUUCAAAACGUAAAAUACAAAAUUAAUUUGUUUCAAGAAGCUACUGAGAAGGUGUCUGUUACCACUAGCAAUGGACAAAUUGUAAAAUCAUGUGGAAGAGAAAGUCAAUCAUCCGCCAGUUUUAUGUUCGAAAAUACAACAUUUCAAUCAAGAUGUAUACCACCAUUUGUAAGGGAAAAUAAUAAUUACGCAGCAGAAGAAAAGACUGAAAUAGUUGAAAUGUCCGAAACAGAAAGUGAAUCAGAAGAAGUAAAUGAAGGUUUGGUGGUUAGUAAGAGUAAUGUCAAUAACGAAACGCUUAAAAACGAGGAGAAGCUUAACGAUUACAUCACGGAGACAUCAUCCAGAAAAAAAUCCAGUUCUGAAACUAUACACUCUGAAGAAAAUUGGUGGGAUAUUCUUAAAGUAGAAGAUAAAAAAGAAACUGAGGAAUACAAUGAUAUUAAAGAAACUGAAGAUGAUAAAAAUGAAACAUCUAAAACUGUAAUAAAUACUAUCGAAAAUGAAGUUGUCGAAGUUAGAUUAAGGAAAAAAGAUAAAGAAAGAAAUACUACAAAAAGUAAUGUCAGUAAGUCUUUAUCAGAAACCACUAGUAUCAUUUUUGAUAAUUCAUUCUUCGAUGAUAUACCGUCAUCCAACAGAAAUAGCAUAUAUGACAUUUUAAAAGAAGAUGAAGAAUCCGAGGAAGUAAUAUCCGGAGGUGGCACUCUAAUGAGAGUUGAUAGCUUUGCUUCCAAAUUAGAAGAGAUUAAAAGAAACUCCGGCCUUUGGACACUGGACGAUUUUAACAGUAAUAAUUCUGUUCAUACCAUAACUGAAGAAAAUGCAGAAUCAGAUGAAUUCCACACACAUACAGAUAUUGAAAAUACUCAUAUCUAUCAGCAAGAUCAAGUUGAAAAUGUCGAUAGUACUAAAAAUACUGAUAGCACAUUUAAUGGGGAAUUGCAUGAUACUAUCAAUGAAGAAUCUAAUGAGGAUUCAGAUGAAGUAGACUUCUGGAGCCAAAUCAAAAAUGACGAAGACGAUUUUAAACCACGUAAAAAAAGUAUUUUUGAAACACAAAGUAUCUGGGAGUCAAACGAAUCCAAUGAAAUUACAAACAAAAUAAAUGACGAUUCUGCUGGCUCUAGAGAUAGUAGCGUUAGUAAGAGUCGAGAAAUUUGUGAUAAUCAAAUUGAAAUAAAUGAACCGAAUCAAGAUAUUUAUUGUGAUUCAAACGUGAAUUAUAAUCCCCAACAACUGGAAUCUGACGAAACCUCCGAUACUGAUUCUUCAGAACCUGAAGAAAAAUAUAACAUGGAUAAUAACCAAGAUAACGAGAAUAAUAAUAGUGGAUCUGAAUCUUAUGAACCCCGAACUAUAAAAAAUCGCAUCGAAGCUUUGAAGAGAAGUAUAUCUCAAAAACAGAAAAAGAUUCAGGAAGUUGAAGAAGUUAACGAAUCAGUUAAGUCGAGGAUAUCAGCUAUAGAAAUUCCUCCAGAGAGUCGAAGUAAAACUGCUUCAACAAAAAGUAGCGUAAAAUCGUUUGAAGAAUAUUCUGAAGAGGAGGAAGUCGACUCGGGCGUCAUUUCUGAUGUGUCAAGACACAUUUCUGACAACGAGGAAUUUCCCGAACUUAAAAAACUUACCAGGUACGAACGUGCUGCUACUCAUUCUCGGCUAUUUAAGCUUCUCCAAGAGGAAUGUGAUGAGGAAGAAGAUGAGAUUGAAGUUGUAAAGAAAGAAGAUAAAUUUAGUAGGUUAUCUGUUAGACAAAACAGGGGAGAAAAUCGACUGUCCCCUAGUAGAAGCAAACUCAGUUUACCUCUUGCAAAGUGCAACGAGAAUGACGAUGAAACAGCUCCGGUUAAUGAAAAGCUGGUAAAUGAAUUAAUUCAAAGUCUACUAAGAUCUAAAAAAGCGCAGAUGUUUAAAAACAUGCCUAAAGAAAAACUAUAUGCAGCAGCAGUUAAAAUACUUCAAGAAGGAAUAGAUAGUAAUGGGGAUACACCAUCAGAAGAGUUUAGUAGUCUUUUAUCCCCUCUAAGAGGAGAUACUGAGUGUAGUACACCUGCUCAAACACCUCAAGAAUUCUACGGCGAUUAUAGUGAAUAUAAACAAUACUAUGAUUCCUGGAGUGAAGUGUCUUCAGAAAUUGUACCCUCUAGGGCCUUUAAAUUACUACAGGAUCAUUUGGGGGCGAGUAAGUUGGGUACCAUCGAAGGCAUUCUCGCAAAAUGUCCACGAAUAAUGUCUUCCAAGAACGUACCUAAAGAACUCCUUAAACUUUUGGACGAAUCUUCCCCAGAAACCAAUUCCCAAAACCCUUCACAAUCGAACGACGUUACGAACACUUGAAAAGAACGACAUUGGAUAUUUUGCGAAAAAAAUGUUGUCGGAUUCAGGUCCUACUCGAGAAUUGGGUCCUGAUCAGUCCGAUUUAUAGAAAUCUCCAUAGGAAAGUAUUGAAGAUAGGUAGUUGAAACUUUUUUUUUGAAGAAAUGCAAAGAAGAUUUUGAUUUUUAAACCCCGCGAGAGUGUUCUAUUUUCUUUUCCGCUUGAUCAAGUGCAUUUUAAAAAUAUAUAUAUUUCUCAUUCGUUACUGCUAGGAAUGUUUU